AUUAAGUUGUUCAUUCGAUACACCAACCACAUCCACACAGUCCACAAGUCCCUUCUUCUUCCCCUUCCUGCUCAGCCAUGAAACCCAUUUCCUUAUCUUCAUGGUGGUCUCAAAACGACGACGUUUUGCACACACUGCUCUUCGUCACUCUCUCCGCCGUUAUAUUCUCAUUCUGGGUUUUGUUCAUAAAAAAAUACAAGAACACAACCACCACCCCGCCGUUGCCGCCAGGCCCAUUGGGCCUCCCAUUCAUCGGCAACCUCCUCUCUCUUCGCCCACAGCUUCACUCCUACUUUCUGGGCCUGGCCCAAGCCCACGGCCCAAUCUUUAGGCUCCGCCUCGGCACAAAGACUUGCAUCGUCGUCUCCUCUCCUUCCUCCGCUCGCCAAAUCCUCAAAGACCAUGACGUCACCUUCGCCAACCGCGACGUCCCAGACGCGGCUCGGGCCGCCACCUACGGCGGGUCGGAUAUCGCUUGGACCCAGUACGGACCCGAGUGGCGGAUGCUGAGAAAAGUCUGCGUGCUCAAGAUGCUUAACAACACGACCCUGGACUCGGUGUACGAGCUCCGGCGAAGACAGAUCCGGAAGACCGUCGGGUACUUGUACGCCCAGGUCGGGUCGCCCAUCAACGUGGGCGAGCAGACGUUCUUGACGCUGUUCAACGUCGUGAAGAACAUGUUGUGGGGCGGGACUGGAGAGGGAGACGAGAGUGCGGGUGUCGGAGUCGGGGCGGAGUUUCGGGAAUUGGUGUCGGGUAUGAUUGAGCUUAUUGGGAAGCCGAACGUUUCGGACUUUUAUCCGGGUUUAGCCCGGUUCGAUUUGCAAGGGAUAAGGAAGCGGGUGAAGAGGCUGGUCCGGAGGUUUGAUGGGAUAUUUGAGGAGAUGAUCGAUCGAAGGCUGAGGAUUGACAAGGAAGGCGGCAAAGAGAGCAAGGAUUUUUUGUCGGUUUUGUUGAGUUUGAAAGAUGAGGUGGAUUCUAAGACGCCUCUCACCAUGAGCCACGUCAAAGCCCUGCUUGUGGAUAUGGUGACGGCUGGAACUGACACAUCCACCAACACAGUAGAGUUUGCCAUGGCCGAAGUCAUGAACAAACCAGAGGUGAUGCAAAAAGCCCAGCAAGAACUAGACGCCGUAGUUGGCAAGCACAACAUUGUAGAAGAAUCCCACAUUCAUAAACUACCCUACUUACAAGCCGUCAUGAAAGAAACCCUUCGCUUGCACCCAAUCGUACCACUCUUAAUCCCUCACUCCCCAAGCGAAACCUGCACCGUCGGAGGCUACACCAUCCCGAAAGGGUCUCAGGUUUUCAUCAACGCCUGGGCCAUACACAGAGACCCUUGUAACUGGGAGAACCCAUUGGAGUUUGAUCCAAACAGGUUCUUGGAUAGUAAAUGGGAUUACAAUGGAAGGGACUUCACCUAUUUGCCGUUUGGGUCUGGGAAAAGAAUAUGUGUCGGGAUCGCUAUGGCUGAGAGGAUGGUGAUGCAUUUGCUUGCUACGCUUUUGCAUUCUUUUGACUGGAGAUUGCCACAAGGGGAGGAGCUGGAUCUUUCAGAGAAGUUUGGGAUUGCUAUGAAGAAGGAGGUGCCUUUGGUUGCCAUCCCCACUCCAAGGUUAUCGGAACCAGCACUCUAUGAGUAGCCCUAAUGACUAGGAGACACUUGUAUCAAAUAUUGGAAACUAUGUAUAAUUCAAGCUUGGGUAUAGUUAUUGGGUAAUGUUGUAUUCUAAGGCAGUCU